GUCCCUGGCCAGAACGCUUGUGCGGAGUCAGGAGCGGACAGCUCCGGUGCUGAUGUUGGAGCGGGCUACAGAGCCCCACGCGUGCGGAGUGUUGCGGGGAGCGCGCAGGCUGUGCACGCUUGACCAGGCUCCCGGACCAGCGCUGUCCUAGCAAGAGAGAAAGGACAUUUGCCUACAAUGAGACACGAGGCGCCCAUGCAGAUGGCCUCUGCACAGGAUGCCAGGUUUGGCCAGAAAGACUCGUCUGACCAGAACUUCGACUACAUGUUCAAGUUGCUGAUCAUUGGCAACAGCAGCGUGGGCAAAACAUCUUUCCUGUUCCGUUAUGCCGACGAUUCCUUUACAUCUGCGUUUGUCAGCACGGUUGGCAUCGAUUUCAAAGUAAAAACUGUAUUCAAAAAUGAGAAGAGAAUCAAGCUUCAGAUUUGGGACACAGCAGGCCAGGAAAGAUACAGGACCAUCACCACAGCCUACUAUCGAGGGGCCAUGGGCUUCAUUUUAAUGUAUGACAUCACAAAUGAAGAAUCCUUCAACGCUGUACAAGAUUGGUCAACUCAGAUCAAAACAUACUCUUGGGAUAAUGCCCAGGUUAUCCUGGCUGGAAACAAAUGUGACAUGGAAGACGAACGGGUCGUCUCAACCGAGAGAGGCCAGCGCUUAGGAGAACAGCUCGGGUUUGAGUUUUUUGAAACCAGCGCCAAGGAUAACAUCAACGUGAAGCAAACCUUCGAGCGCCUCGUAGAUAUCAUUUGUGACAAAAUGUCAGAGAGCUUGGAGACCGACCCAGCCAUCACUGCGGCAAAGCAGAGCACGAGGCUCAAGGAGACCCCUCCUCCACCACAGCCCAACUGUGGCUGCUAAUGUCCCCCACACAGGAGCUCCAAGGGGCUCCAGAGCAGCCAAGAAACAGCAUUGAUAAAUGGUCUAUUAGCCUUCGAUUAUACUGCCUAAUAAUUAUUUGAAGGAAGUCUUUGAUGGCAGUGGCCCAUAUAUGCAUUCAAACCGUGAGCAAUUUCCUGUGUUAAUAUGUGGCAAACUUGCUCUUAUAUUUGUAAGGAUCAUUCAUCUAUAAACACCUGCUACUUGCAUGUAACUUA